ACCAAUUUUUCAGUUAUCAGCAGGAUAUGUGCAUGACACCCAGAAUUAGGCUUUUUCAGUCCUAGCUCCUUGCAAAGAAACAAGAGUUCUUUUCCCAGCUGAGCAGCAGGGGUUCAUAAAUCCACGGCUUACUUUGAUGAAUAUAUUGAAAUAUUCAAGAUGGAUAGCAACAGUACUAGCAAUGCUGAGACUAAAUGCAAUGUCACUAAUAUGACAUUUCAGUAUUCCCUCUAUGCAACCACUUAUAUCGUCAUAUUCAUCCCAGGUCUUCUGGCCAACAGUGUGGCCUUGUGGGUCCUGUGCCGUUUCAUUGGCAGGAAAAACAAAGCCAUCAUUUUCAUGAUCAACCUCUCUGUGGCUGACCUUGCUCAUGUGCUGUCCUUACCCCUUCGGAUUUACUAUUACAUCAACCAUCACUGGCCUUUCCAAAAUGCUGUUUGCCUGCUGUGUUUCUACCUGAAGUAUCUCAACAUGUAUGCCAGCAUUUGCUUCCUGACAUGCAUCAGCCUUCAGAGGUGCCUCUUUCUCCUCAAGCCAUUCAAGGCCAAAAACUGGAAGCGUAGGUAUGAUGUGGGCAUCAGUGCUGCCAUCUGGGUCAUCGUGGGGACUGCCUGUUUGCCAUUCCCUAUCCUGAGAAGUCCUGGAUUAGCCAACCACACUGAAUCCUGCUUUGCUGAUCUUGGUUACAAGGAAAUGAAUGCAGCGGUUUUGGUCAUGAUGGUUACAAUUGCCGAGCUUGCUGGAUUUGUGAUCCCGGUAAUCAUCAUCGCAUGUUGUACCUGGAAAACAACCAUAUCCUUGAGGCAGCCACCAAUGGCUUUCCAAGGGAUCAGUGAGAGGCAAAAAGCAUUGCGGAUGGUUUUCAUGUGUGCUGCAGUCUUCUUCAUCUGCUUUACUCCCUACCACAUUAACUUUGUUUUUUACACCAUGGUCAAGGAAUCCAUCAUUAGCAGUUGUCCCAUUGUCCAAAGCACACUGUAUUUUCAUCCUUUUUGUCUGUGCUUGGCAAGCCUCUGCUGCCUUUUGGAUCCAAUUCUUUAUUACUUCAUGGCCUCAGAGUUUCGUGACCAACUAUCCCGCCAUGGCAGCUCUGUGAUACGUUCCCGUCUCAUGAGCAGGGAGAGUGGUUCAUCAAUGAUUGGUUAAAUAAAAUAACUCUUCAGUUUUGACUUUGUUUACUUAUGUUCUUGGCUUUUCCCAAAGGCCAGGAUUACCAGACAGUUUCUUUAAUUGAACCUGGAAAACAACAGAAAUAAGCAUUUUCUUGUAUUACAGUUGUCACAAGGGUAUGAUGGUGGAGACAGAAUGGGAAAAAUGUGGGAGAACAGGGAAGAUGGUACUCAUCUGGGGACUUGCCUGUUUUCUUUUGAAAAUUCAAGACACUUUAUUACUAAGAUGACUACAAUUAAUUUGAAAGUUGUUUCCCAUCAAACAUAAAUUUGAUGUUUUAGCUUAAAAUUUUCAUUAAAUAGGAUAUUAUAAGAUAUGAUAUGUAUAAAAAUCUUUCUAGCAUAUAAAACUAUGUUUCAUAAGAAGAACUUUAUUUCUGAAUAAGAAGAAAAAUCUCUAGUCUUUCUAAGAGAUAAACCUAAAGGCAAAGCACCUGAAGAGUUGAAGAAAUGUGUGCAUAAAUUUUAGAAUCACAAAUCUAAAGGAAGUACAUGAAAAUUAAUUCGUUUAUUGAAAAUUUACUGGGUGUAUAUUGUGUACUGGGCUGCUUCUAAUACAAAAAAAUCUCAUGUGGAAGUUUCCAAUACAAAUGAAUAAAUGGAAUCUCAAAAAGGUUAAGCAAUUUGCUUCAGGAUAAACAGUGGUAGGCCAAAAUUUGUCCAGUACACAUGACAUGUAUAUAAAUAACUCCCUCUGUGUAUGUUGUUACAUUUAUUAGGUCAAUACUAAAUUUGGUUGAACUUGAUUAUUAUUAGAUUAAUACUAAACUUGAUUUCAGUGGUGAAGAAACAGAAAGUAAACCACAUGAGAUAAAGGCUAUUUCAGCAUGAUUUUCCUGAGAUUAUCUAAAACUUUGUAGGUAUGAAAGUUGGCAUGUCAUGGUUCAGUUUACAAGGUCU